AUGCUGAUGAGCCCCAAUACAGGCGAAACAGCUGUCCAUGGCUGCCACUACUCGGGUGAUAUGGCUGUGCGCAUGCGUGAGGUACUGGCCAGGCCAUGGGUUGGUGUAUGUGUGCCCCUUGCGUUAAGUUUGUCAUGUGAUAAUACCCUAAAAAAACUCUUUCUUUCAGUUUUUGUUUUAUUCACAUGCAUAUUUACGAAUGAUUAGUCGAGCUUGCUUAAGCAGAGCGAGAGUCUAAAAAUGCAAGCUUUUUUUUUUGUGUGUGUCGGUCGUAAUGGGGGACCAUGCUCCCAGGCGUUCCUAGAAGAGACCCUGGAAGCUGGGGGUAAGAAUCGAGACGACUUUCAUUGUAUGCAAAUGAGUCUGGUGAUGAGAAUGCUGUUUAAUUUUGGCGAUGACUGAAAUAACGCUUAAUGUUUGUCACGUUUUGGUUCUUUGGCAAAGUUUUCUUCUGUGCAAGAAAUCACGCUUUAUUUUUUUUUCGAUAGAACAGGUUACCUUUCAUGCUUAUAUGACGUAGCGAGGCGAUAAAACCGCAAGUGCAAAACAUCUCUAGAGAGCUAUUUCUAAAUUUGAUCUUAUGGUAAUUUGGUUAUGACCAUCACGUGCGAAAAAUUAAAAACAGAGCUGAACGUGAUAAUAAGGACAGUUUUGUAAACACGUCUAUGGGGUCAUGGUAGCGCAGAAUCUGGGGAUGAGAAUCGGCACGAUGCUCUCAUCAUCUGCGAGUUUCGAAAACAACGUACAAUUUUCAUAAUGCUGUUUUGAGAAGAAAAUGUGAAAGUAUAAAGCAUUAUACGUAAUGUCGCUUACACACCCACACACCAUUCGUGGUAGACCCACAAUAAAAGUUGUCGAACGCUAUGGGUCGCUAUGGGUUGUUCCACGAAUUCUGUCGUUUGAAAGCGUUAAUAACUUUAAAAGAAGUGAUUACAUGAGAAAAAUACUCGACCGUCGUUAAAGUAAGAUGAGGAAAUAUUAUAGCGGGAAAUCCUGUUUUGUGGUGAAUUGAGGCGUUACGUUUCUCAGAAUAUUGUCGCAAUUGCUGAAACUACGGUUAAAAAGAUUUACUUUGUUGUAUGCAUUUAAUUGCUAGAUUUUCGCAAUUGUUAAGAUGUGAAGUCGCAUUGCUUAAUAAAUACUUGAGAUAUCAACUACUACUAGAAGCAACUUCAACUACCGCGUCUUACGUUACCUACGUGUCACAGAUGUGUUUAUACGGGUGCCUUUGUACUUAACUGUCACGUACUCUACUUGCAGCACUUUAUGUCCAUAGAAUGGAAAUCCCAUGUCGAGCUUUUCCAGAAUGGCUUGUUCCACGAAUUCUAUCACUUGAAAGCGUUGAUUAAUUUGGAACAAGUGAUUACUUCAGUGCUCGAAAAAAAGAACAAUCUUAAUGAGCAAAACGUCGAUGGUGAGGCUAACUGGUAGGGUGUAGUAAACUUUCAUUGCAUGCAAAUGAGUCUUGAGAUGAGCAUACGGUUUAUUUUCAGGGACAAGAGUCAUAAUUUUUUUUAUGGCUCUUGUCGGGGAUGAUUGAAAUAUCACAAAUCGUCGAACACGGUAUGAAAAGUAAAUAUCCUGAAGAAUACUCGACCGUCGAUAAAGUAGGAAUUGAAAACUUUUAGCAAGGAGAUCAUGUUUCUUGUAUAGUUAAUCGCCUCCUAUACCACCUAGACCGCGAGCAGCCUUAUUUUUCUUUUGAGUCACAGUAGGUCGAGAACUUAAUUUUACUGUUACUGUCAUUUUUCGCUCGCCACGCGUGGCUCUGAGGAAAGAACGACGACGGCUCGCGUUCUAAUCGCCUCCUCAUUUCUUAUCUUAUCUCCAAGCAAGCGAGAAUCAAAACUACUAGGAGCGUUCUUGUUUAUGAAAAGACAAAGGGGCAAAUUCCCUUGAGACCUUACUUGGGAAAGCCAAACAUACAAGCUAAAGAGGUCUUUUGCCUGAACAUGGCCUCACGGAAUCGAUGGGUAAUGCUGGCUUGUAGCAUUAUUAAAUACAGGAAUGCAAUAAAAACAAUGUCACUAUUUGAAGGGAGAUCGGUUAUUCAAACAUUCAACAAAGGUAAAAUCAUUAAACUUAUUCUCUUUUGUUACGAAACCAUGAGUUGUCGUCUUCAGGUCUUCGCAUCCAAAACAACGAUUUUUCUUACUUCGGCUUAUCACCCCUUGAAAGAGAAUACAAUCUUGGAUUCUGGAUUCCUCGCCAGGGAUUCCGGAUUCUAAGUACUAGAUUCCAAUUUGGAACUUGAAUUCCCGAUUUCAAUCCUUUGUGGGAUUCCGGACUCCUUGAACUGUAUUCCGGAUUCCACAAGCAAAAACUCCAGGAUUCUGGAAUUCCUUUACAUGGUGCUAGACAUACCGUAUAAAUCCAAUAAAACACUUUUCUUAAUUUUGCCAAGGGAACUUGAUUCCAAACAUAUGUCCUCCAAUAAGUAGCCCUCAAAUUAUUUAACAAAAGGUAGAAUAAUGAAUAGGAAUACGUUAAGCUUUACUUCAUUGGCCCUCAUUACAGAAGGUUUUAAUUUAUUAACUUAUUAACUGCAAAUCUGCAUGGCAUGUCACUGUACGGUUAACAAAGGCGGAUUUAAGGAGGGUGGGCUGGAUGGUUCAGAUGCUAUCAGUGAUGAGUUUAGUGUUUUCUGGGCGCUGAUUACACCAUUAAUAAGAUACUCGACGGGUAAACAUGUUAAACAAGAACGCUCUCACUGUGUCCUUCAGUCUAGAUUGCUUGGAGAUUAGAUUGGAAAUAAGGAGGCGAUUAAUUGUACAAGAAACAGGAAUUACUCGCUAAGGAUUUUUUACUUCCUAUUUAUCGUCGUCGAUAAAUUUAUUUGUUUCUGAAUUAAUUUAGUACGCAUGUUAGCGACGACCAGAAAUUCGUCUGCGGUCGCAGACUAUGCGCGUGUAUAAAUACACGAAAAUUCAAGGGCCUCGAUUCCAGAGAAAUUAAAUCAUUGCCAGAGAUCAAAAGAGUGAUUUACAUGGCACGUCGUUUCAAUGAUCGCCGAAAAUAAACUUCAUGCUCAUCACAAGACCCAUUUGCAUGAAACACCCGACCAUCGCAGUUUUGCUAAUUAAGAUUCUUGUUUUUUUUCGACCACUCAGCAGUGUUCACCUGCUCCAAAGUAACCAACGCUUUGAAGCAAUAGAAUUCGUGGACCGACACGUUUCGGAAAAGCUCUAAAUUUAAUCUUUCCUAAACUUUCUUUGCAAAACAUGUGUGGCCUUGAUCACGCAACGGUUCUUAUUCCCAGUUUCCACGGUCUCCUCUAGGAACGCCUAGCACAAUGACUCCCCUUUUGUGUCCUAAAUACGAAGUAAAACGCGUUGCAGAUUAUAGUUUUGCUGCCUACGCAAGCGAGGCUAAUUAAAAAAAAUGUAGAAAAGAUGAUAUCAACGGAAACUUCCCUGUUUAAACACAAAGAUGUGAACUUAAUUUUCCGUAUCUUUUUAACAUUUUGGCAAAGAAAAAUGUGGAAGGACAGUCAAGUUUCAUUUUUAUAUGCGGCAAAAUGUAAGCUGACAUUUUCUUUCUAUUUUUGUUUUUUAUGGUAGUUGAGAAAGCACGAGAUGAGCGAACCAAGUAGUUCCACGGAGCCAACACUUGCAGAGGAAGACGAGCAGCAGUACGAUGAACAAGACGUCGAUACUUCCAUAAAGAUAGCAAUGAUUUGUAUUUACGUCAUCAUCCUCAUGCUCUCAUUGGUUGGUAACUCUCUUAUCAUCCAUCUUGUGCGCACGCGCAAGAAUAUUCGAAAAAACCAGUUUUACUGGCUUAUCUUCAACACAGCUCUUGCUGACCUCAUAGAUGUCUUAACGGCUUGUGCCUUUUCGAUGCCAUACUUUAUGUUUGGAGACCGAUGGGGGCUAGGAGGAUUUGGAACUGCUAUGUGCAAGAUAAUUCCAUUUUUGUUGGUUGUGUCCAUUUGUGCUGCCAUCUGGACGCUUACAGUCAUUGCUGUCGACCGAUACCUGGUGAUAGUAUGUCUCCGAAGAAGAGCCCUGUCAUCCCGAUCAGUGCUGCGUUCCCUUAUCAUUGUUUGGCUGUGUGCUAUAGUGGUUGGUAGUGGACAGCUCUACAAAUACAGAACCUUAGAAGAUGAUGAUGGAAUACAAUACUGUGUUGACGAGUGGGACGAGGAUUCGGUGGAGACUUCUAUGCUUCUCUACAAAACGGAAAUGGUCGUGAGAGUCAUCAUCACCUAUGCAGUUCCACUUGUCGUCAUGGCAAUCUUGUAUUUCCUGAUCGCCAGAUUCCUGUGGAAGCGCAAACCACCGGUGAGUGUUAAUCAACAAGCUUACAUCAACCAAGUGAGGAAACGUAAGACGGUGAUCAAAAUGUUGAUAACAGUUGUCACAGUGUUUGCACUUUGUUGGCUUCCUGUUCAUGUCGGUCAUGUGAUGUCUGAGUUUUACCCGGAUGCUUACUACAACACUCCAAGUGUGGUCAGGUGGCUGUUCUUUUGGUUUGCUCACGCUAAUGCUGCAAUUCAUCCCUGGUUGUUCAUUGCUUUUAGUGAGCACUUAAGAGAGGGGACGAAGGAAAUACUUCGAAAAAUCUACAAUACCGAACAACUACGAUUGCGUUCCGGUUCCACGCCAAGCAUAAUUACCAAUGAAGAUCCUAUGUCCAGGCCUAUUACUCCAAAACGAAACUCACGCACUACCACUACAGAAGAUACUCUUUAA